AUGGCAGAUCCACUGAGAACAUACAUCUAUUAUGCUUCUAUGCUCGUGUUCACUUGUUCGGGCACCCUGAUCAACCUAGCCACCGUGUGUGCCAUCUUACUGAACAAGGCGUUAAGGAAGAAACAGCAUAUCUUCAUUUUUAGCUUGGCUCUCGCAGAUUGCACCUCAGCUGCCGAAAUGUUCAUCUCCAAUUUGUUUGAGUUUCUCGAGAUUUCAUUUGGAAUGGGAGCUGACUCAUGGAUUGAAUGUCUGUUUGUGACUGGUUUGGUCAUAUCGAUAAUAAGUACACUCGCCAUCGCUUUUGAGCGUCUCAUCAUCCUUCGCAUUGACGCUCUCGGAAGCCGUCGCAUCGUCACUGCCAGGCGAUCUAUAGCUAUCUUUGUGGUCGUUUGGAUAAUUGUGCCGGCAGUGUAUUUUCUUGUUCGUGGAUUUAGCAAAGCUGCAUCAAACACUUUUCUUUAUUUUGUAUCUCCGUGUAUCGUAAUAGUAUCUCUCUUCAUCACGGCCAUAUGUUACAUCCUCAUCUACAAAAAGAUCGCCAGGAUCUCUGAAAACGUCGGACUCAACGACGCAGCGCUCCAGCGACGUGCGAAAAACAUCAAGAAAGUACUCGUGACCUUUGCCCUUGUGAUCGCAAGCACAAGCGCGUGCUGGAUCAUCAUGUGCUGCGUUCUUCUGGUGGAGUAUAUCUACCUCAUUUAUUAUCUGCAAGAAUUGGAAACUCUUUGGUUCAAGGUAACAGCCGAUAUUGCCAACGUGUUAGUAAGCAUAAACGGCAUACUGAACCCCGUCAUAAUCUGGUUGCGUCUGACUGAUUUCAGAGCACAACUACGCGCUGGCUUUGAGAGACUAGGGUGUCGAAAGUAUGUAUCUCAGAACUCGUCCCAAGUUACAUCGGAUUCGACAACCGCCGUAACCAAUCGAUCCGUCUCUACUAUCAACAUCACUAUGGACGACAUCUAG